GCAGUAGGAGUUAGUUAGCAAAGAGCCGAGGCCGGGCGCGCGACCCUCGUCCUUCUGCCCCUGGCCGCACACUUUGCGCACAUCCCUUUUUCUGCAUGGUGGAUAUUAUUUUUCAUUAUCCUUUUCUGGGUGCUAUGGGUGAUCAUUCCAAGAAGAAGCCCGGGACGGCCAUGUGCGUGGGCUGCGGGAGUCAGAUCCACGACCAGUUUAUCCUGCGGGUGUCGCCCGACCUCGAGUGGCACGCGGCCUGCCUCAAGUGCGCCGAGUGCAGCCAGUACCUGGACGAGACGUGCACGUGCUUCGUGAGAGACGGGAAGACCUACUGCAAGCGGGACUAUGUCAGGCUGUUCGGCAUCAAGUGCGCCAAGUGCCAGGUGGGCUUCAGCAGCAGCGACCUGGUGAUGAGGGCGCGGGACAGCGUGUACCACAUCGAGUGCUUCCGCUGCUCCGUGUGCAGCCGCCAGCUGCUGCCUGGGGACGAGUUCUCGCUGCGGGAGCACGAGCUGCUCUGCCGCGCCGACCACGGCCUCCUGCUCGAGCGCGCCGCGGCCGGCAGCCCGCGCAGCCCCGGCCCGGUUCCCGGCGCCCGCGGCCUGCAUCUGCCAGACGCUGGGUCGGGCCGGCAGCCCGCGUUGCGCCCGCACGUGCACAAGCAGACGGAGAAGACGACCCGCGUGCGGACUGUGCUGAACGAGAAGCAGCUGCACACUCUGCGGACCUGCUACGCCGCCAACCCGCGGCCCGACGCUCUCAUGAAGGAGCAGCUGGUGGAGAUGACCGGCCUGAGCCCGCGGGUCAUCCGCGUCUGGUUCCAGAACAAGCGCUGCAAGGACAAGAAGAAAUCCAUUCUCAUGAAGCAGCUGCAGCAGCAGCAGCACAGCGACAAGACGAGCCUUCAGGGACUGACCGGGACGCCCCUCGUGGCAGGCAGCCCCAUCCGCCAUGAGAACGCCGUGCAGGGCAGCGCAGUGGAGGUGCAGACGUACCAGCCGCCGUGGAAGGCGCUCAGCGAGUUUGCCCUCCAGAGCGACCUGGACCAACCCGCCUUCCAACAGCUGGUCUCCCUGGAUUAAAGUGCUCACAAGAGAGGUCGCAGGAUUAACCAACCCGCUCCCCCGCCCUAAUCCCCCCCUGCGUGCGCCUGGGGACCUGGCCUCCUUCUCCGCAGGGCUUGUUCUCAGCCGGCGGCCGGUCCCCAAGGGACACUUUCCGACUCGGAGCACGCGGCCCUGGAGCACCAGCUCGCGUGCCUCUUCACCUGCCUCUUCCCGGUGUUUCCGCCGCCCCAGGUCUCCUUCUCCGAGUCCGGCUCCCUAGGCAACUCCUCCGGCAGCGACGUGACCUCCCUGUCCUCGCAGCUCCCGGACACCCCCAACAGUAUGGUGCCGAGUCCCGUGGAGACGUGAGGGGGACCCCUCCCUGCCAGCCCGCGGACCUCGCAUGCUCCCUGCAUGAGACUCACCCAUGCUCAGGCCAUUCCAGUUCCGAAAGCUCUCUCGCCUUCGUAAUUAUUCUAUUGUUAUUUAUGAGAGAGGACCGAGAGACACGGUCUGGACAGCCCAAGGCGCCAGGAUGCAACCUGCUUUCACCAGACUGCAGAUCCCUGCUCCGAGGACUCUUAUUUUUUCAAAACCAGAAUUUGGGACUUACCAGGGUUAGCUCUGCCCUCUCCUCCCCUCUCCGCGUGGCCGCCGCUCUGUCUCUCCACGCCCCACCUGUGUCCCCACCUCGGCCGGCCCGGAGCUCGCCCACGCGGACCCCCGCCCUGCCCCCGGUCCGCGCUCCCUGGCGGCUUCGCCCGGGCUCCUAGCGGGGAAAAGGAAGGGGAUAACUCAGAGGAACAGACACUCAAACUCCCAAAACGCAUGAUUGCUGGGAAACAGUAGAAACCAGACUUGCCUUGAAAGUGUUUAAGUUAUUCGACGGAGGACAGAGUGUGUGAGCCUUUGCCGAACAAACAAACGUAAGUUAUUGUUAUUUAUUGUGAGAACAGCCAGUUCAUAGUGGGACUCGUAUUUUGAUCUUAAUAAAAAAUAAUAACCCGGG